AUGUGGCUUCGCCAUAUGAUAGCAUAUCGACGAGUGACAUGUGAAUGGUUUGUCACCAGCGCUUACAAUACUAAAAUUACUACCGCACAAUAUUAUUCACUUAAUGAUCCUUCAAAGGUGCUGCUAAUGACGCCAUCAGGGAAUCCGGAAAAUAAUACAAAAGGAUGGAUUUCCCUUGGUUCUUUUGGUAUAUUAACUUUGGUUGGUAGCGCAACAUUGCUAAAGAAUCUAUUUCGAACUGGAAAUACUGAUGCACGAAAUGAUAUGAAAAUUAAAAAAAGGAAUGAUUUACCUUCAUAUCGAAUGGAAGAAGUGAAAAAACAUGGAAAAAAUGCCGAAAGUAUUUGGGUUACUUAUCAAGGGGGAGUAUAUGAUAUCACGAAUUUCAUCCAAAGUCAUCCGGGCGGUGAUAAGAUACUGCUAGCAGCAGGAGGCCCAAUUGAUCCAUAUUGGAAUAUCUACCAGCAACAUCUAACUGAAGAAACACUCGAAAUAUUAGAGGAAUUGAGAAUUGGCAAUUUGGAUGAAAGAGAUAUCAUGGUCAUUGAACACAAGGAUGAAAAUGAUCCGUAUUGUGAUGAUCCGAAACGACAUCCAGCAUUAAUCGUAAAAUCUGAAAAACCUUUUAAUGCUGAAACUCCCGUAGAAUUGAUUAUGGAUAAUUUUUACACACCCAAUGAUUUAUUUUAUGUGCGAAAUCAUAUGCCUGUACCAGCUAUUGACGCAAAAAAGCACAAAUUAAAAAUCGAAGGUAUUUCCGUUCGGGAAUCAUUCACGCUUUCAUUGGAUGAUCUAAAACGUGACUUUGUAUGUGUAUCCGUUAAUGCUACUUUGCAAUGCGCCGGUAAUCGUCGCAGCGAAAUGAACGCAAUAAAAAAAGUUCAAGGAUUGAAUUGGAAGGGUACGGCAAUAGGUAAUGCAAAAUGGACCGGUGCACGGUUAAAGGAUGUUCUGAUGAAAGCAGGCGUAGAUCCAAAUGAUAAACGUAUCAAGCAUGUCAUAUUUCGUGGAGCUGAUAUGGAUAGUGAAGGUAACAAUUACGAAACUUCAAUAACGUUUGAGAAAGCUAUGCAAGAUGAAGUUAUUAUUGCUUAUGAGAUGAAUGACGAGGAAAUCCCACGUGAUCAUGGAUAUCCAAUGCGAUUAAUUGCCCCAGGAAUUGUGGGCGCACGUCAGGUGAAAUACCUUUCCGCUAUAGUUCUGAGCGAGGAAGAAAGUAAAUCGCAUUGGCAGAAAAGAGAUUACAGAGGUCUUCCGCCAUUUGUUGGUCCAACAGAUCAUCAAAAUUUCGAACUGGCACCAUCAAUACAAGACUGUCCGGUACAAAGUGCUUUCUGUUUUCCGGCUGCACCAACAAAAAUACCACGCUCCAAUGGUCAGUUUGAUGUAAUGGGUUAUGCUUGGAGUGGUGGUGGACGUGGUAUUGUACGCGUGGAAGUAUCAAUGGAUGGUGGUGAAACAUGGCAAGCUGCUGAGCUAAUACAAGAUCCUGAGCAAGAUAUUGAUCAUAUGUGGUCAUGGACUUUCUUCAAAUCAACAAUAAAAAUACCAGAUGACGUUAAACAGUUGGAUUUAGUAUGCAAGGCAACUGAUCGUUCCUAUAACACGCAACCGGAUACAUCCCGAGGAAUCUGGAACAUUCGUGGUUUGCUCAACAAUGCUUGGCAUCAUGUUCCGAUCGAAAUCACCGAGAAUUGA